AUGACACCCCAAACACUUGCCAUCGCCGUGGUGACGGUCGCGUACUUGAUUCUCCGAUACCUAAACCGGACCGAUAUCCCCAAGAUCAAGGGUUUACCGGAGAUCCCCGGGGUGCCGCUCUUCGGGAAUUUGCUACAACUGGGGGAUCAACACGCAGUGGUUGCCGGCAAAUGGGCCAAGAAGUUUGGUCCGGUUUUCCAACUGCGCAUGGGAAACAGGCGCAUUGUUUUCGCCAACAGUUUUGACUCGGUGCGACAGCUGUGGAUCAAAGAUCAAUCGGCGCUGAUUUCCCGGCCGACCUUCCACACAUUUCAUAGCGUCGUCUCCAGCUCCCAGGGAUUUACUAUCGGUACAUCCCCUUGGGAUGAGUCCUGCAAGCGACGCCGCAAGGCUGCAGCAACGGCCCUCAACCGGUCAGCCACGCAGUCUUACAUGCUUAUCAUUGACCUUGAAGCCAACUCUAGCAUCAAGGAGUUGUACCGCGAUAGCAAAGGCGGUACACGUGAUAUUAAUCCAACCAGCUACUUUCAACGAUUCGCGCUCAACACCAGCUUGACCCUCAACUAUGGGUUUCGCAUUGAGGGUAAUGUGGAUGACCAACUGCUGCGUGAGAUCGUCGAGGUCGAACGGGGGGUGUCCAACUUCCGCAGCACCUCGAAUAACUGGCAGGACUACAUUCCACUACUGCGGAUUUUCCCCAAGAUGAACAACGGGGCCCAGGAGUUCCGCGCUCGACGUGACGCGUACCUGACCUACCUGUUGGGAAUUCUGAAAGACCGGAUUGCCAAGGGCACGGACAAGCCGUGUAUUACUGGUAACAUUCUCAAAGACCCUGAGGCCAAGCUAAAUGACGCCGAGGUGAAAUCGAUCUGCUUGACUAUGGUAGCGGCCGGAAUCGACACAAUUCCGGGCAAUUUGAUUAUGGCAAUUGCAUAUCUCGCCUCGGAGGACGGCCAACGCAUCCAAAAGAAGGCGUACGAGGAGAUCAUGAAGGUUUAUCCGGACGGUGAUGCUUGGGAAAAAUGCCUGGUCGAGGAGAAGGUGCCCUACGUGACUGCAAUUGUCAAGGAGACCCUGCGAUUUUGGACGGUCAUCCCCAUUUGCCUGCCCCGUGAGAGUACCAAGGAUAUUGAGUGGAACGGUGUCAACAUCCCGGCCGGGACGACGUUUUUUAUGAACGCUUGGGCGGCCGACUAUGACGAGGAUCACUUUAAGCAAGCCGAUAAAUUCAUCCCUGAGCGAUAUCUGGAGCUUGGCGAAGGGUCUGGCACUCCACACUACGGCUACGGAGCGGGAUCCCGUAUGUGUGCCGGCUCUCAUCUCGCGAAUCGCGAGCUGUACACGGCAUUCCUGCGUCUGAUCACGGCCUUUGAGAUGCGGCCGGCAACGAACGUAGGGGAUCGGCCGAUUUUGAAUGCAAUCGAGUGCAAUGCUAUCCCCACUGCGCUGACCACAGAGCCGAAGCCAUUCAAGGUCGGCUUCACUCCGCGAGACCCGCAGAAGUUGGAGCAGUGGAUUUUCGAGAGUGAUGAGCGGACCAAGGAUCUAUGA